UGUCGGGUCAGCCUCGUUCCUCCAUAAUUCACACCCUCGCAUUUACCGACGGCCCCUGCUCUGGGGGUGUGGGGUGUCGAUGGGGGGGCUGGCCCCGACUGAUUCAGAGGUUAGGAAUUUGCAUCUGAUUAUUGUUUGUCAACCAAUGAUCAGACUGUGCAGACGGGAGAGCCUCUCCACGCCUCUCUCUCUCCGGCUGUCUGACUGAACGUUGCGGGCUCUCAAACUCUGAACGCACAAUCACACGCAAAAGCCGAAUGCGUGGAUAACAUGCAGUCAAAUGAACACACUUUAUUUGUCGCUGAAAAACAGACGAACCAGCUUCCUUCUUCCUCUUGUUGGUGUUUUAUCUUCUGUGCGUAACCGAGGGGGGAGACUGGAUUCAGAAUCGGGGGAAAACAGGAAUAUUUUUUUUUUUUUUCGGUUCCAAAGAGUGUAAAACCCGAACGGAAGCCGAUGUGGUCUUUGUAGUCUGUCGGCAUAUUCUUGUCCGCCUACCUUCACUUCCGCUACCUGUGCCUCACUGAAUGCUGUUGGCUUUGGCUUCCCCCAAACUGCAGGAAAAACCAUUGAUACAAGAGAGAGUCCUCGGUCUCCAGAACUGCAGCCAACCUUUCUCAGAGCUCAGACAAACCACCCCCUCUCCUCUUCCAGCUCCUUCCACUUCAAAACCAUAACCUUCAAACCUCCAGCCUGCUGCUAGCUGCUUCACCACCAACACGGUUGACAAUCGCUCUUCCUGUGCAGAAGGAGUGACCAACGCCUCCGGACUGGUGCUGCUUCAGCGGGGGAGGGAGGGAGGGGAAGGAAGGCAGCUGAAUUUCACGCCACUUUCCCCAGAGAUGAAGCUGCAGGCUGUCAUGGAGAACCUGCACAGGCAGCAGAGGGCCAAACUACUGAUGGAGCAGCAGCUACAGCAGCAAGUCGCCGCCCAACACACUCAGGUCCGCACUAUUGCUGGAGGCGGGGACGAGCCGAUGGGGAGCCCGGUCCCUGAGGCAGAGCAGGCCCAGAUGGCAGCACUGGCGGCCAUGCGUGCUGCGGCGGCCGGGCUGCAGAGGGUGUCGGACAGCCCCAUGUCAGAUCGCAGCAGCGGUUGCGAGGAUGAAGGUGACGAUGAUGACAAUGAAGACGGGGAGGAGCAUUACAAGGAUAUGAUGGGGUCAGAUGAGGAGGAGCAAAUCAAACAGAAAUGGGACGAGGAAGACUUUGAAGGCGAAAUGGAAGAAGAUUUCGAUGACGACCUGGCGGAGGAGGGUCUGCCAACGGGCCACAGCGCGGUGGCUCCUGGGAAGGGCAUCCUCCUACUGCCCCACCGACAACUCCACCCCCAAUCCCAGCUGCUGAAAGCCCGUCCAAGUGUCGACCAGGAGCCUCGCUUAGCCACCCUGCCUCCCCACGCAACUCAUAGCCAUCUGGGCGGGCAGGACCAUGGAGACUGGACCUACGAAGAACAGUUCAGACAAUUGUAUGAACUGGAUAGGGACCCAAAGAGAAAGGAGUUUCUGGAUGACCUCUUCAGCUUCAUGCAAAAAAGAGGAACCCCAGUGAAUCGUAUUCCCAUCAUGGCCAAGCAAGUCCUGGAUCUGUACAUGCUCUACAGGCUGGUGACAGAGAAGGGCGGCCUGGUGGAGGUCAUCAACAAGAAACUGUGGCGGGAGAUCACCAAGGGACUCAACCUGCCUACCUCAAUCACCAGUGCAGCCUUCACCCUCCGCACACAAUACAUGAAGUACCUGUACCCAUAUGAAUGUGAUAAGAGGAGUCUGAGCAACCCCAACGAGCUCCAGGCAGCCAUUGACAGUAAUCGGCGGGAGGGCCGGCGACAGAGCUUUGGCAGCUCCCUCUUCACCUACUCUCCCAACGGGACGCCCACCAUGCUCUCCUCGCCAAAGCUCCCCUCAUCCAGUAUGGGCCUGAUAGUGGGCACCAACGGGGCCUCGCUGACCCCCAUCCAUAAGAUCAAGAAAGAGGAUGGAGGCCAGCCGCUGCCGGGGGUCAGUGCGGCUCGCCUGUCGGCUGGGCCCAUGGCGGGUCACUCAAUGGCUUCUAUGCAGGCAGCAGCAGCUCAGACAGCGAUGGCGGCUCAGAUGGCCGCUCUGGAGCAGCUGAGGGACAAACUAGAGGCCGGCGAGCCACCAGAGAAGAAGAUGGCGCUGCCGGCCGAGGAACACCACCGACUGCUGCAGAGAGCGCUGCAACACAACCUGCUGGCCAUGACUGCUCAGAUACCCAUGAAUAUCCGCAUCAAUAACCAAGACAGCAGGCAGGACUCGGCCCUGAACCUCACCACCAACGGCACAAGCAGCAUCAGCAUGUCAGUGGAGCUCAACGGAGUGGUGUACACUGGUGUUCUUUUUGCUCAGGCAUCAGCCGGGUCGGCUUUGUCCGGUGCGGUCGGGUCGUCCGUUUCCAACAAGACGGUCAGCAGUCGUGUGGCUCCACAUCAGCAGCAGCAGCACACACCUACCUCAACCUCUAGCAACCAGUUGUCUUAACAAACCCACAGCCUUUCCCCUUUCUUUCUUUUUUUUUAUUUCCACGCUAAGUAAAGCCAAAAAUCAACCUCAUUUUCUAAAUAAUCUAUGCCAAAAAAAGAAGAACCAUACACUGUACAGAAAGACACAAACUAAAACUCAGUUACACUAUCUCAGGUUUUCGCUCACCAACCUCACCUCUUUUAUUCUUCAUAGCCAAAAUUAUUUCGGAUUAUAACAAAAAGAUUAAAUAAUAUCUCAACUGAGAGCCAGUAUAUGCUAAACAAAUAUGUAUGCACAACCUGUGAAUUAUUUAUUUAUGCAUAAAUGUACAGAACAAAAGAAGUUAAUAACUAGGAAAGGCAAUGCACUGUUUACACUCACAAACACAGCUACUGAUUGACAGCAAUGUUUUAUCCUCCAGGGGAGAGAUUUUUUCUUUGUUUUAUUUUACCUUUUCAUUGUUAUUAUUGUUAUUCUCUUUACUAUGUUUUAUCAUUUAAAUCUAUAAUAAUCCUCUCACUGCAGGAAAAAUAUAUAUAUUUAGAAUUAUAUAAAAGAAAAUACAAAAAAUAUGAAUUUCCUCUAUUUUUAAUCCCAACAGCUUUACAGGUAUAUGUUGUUUUAUCAGGGCAUAUAACAAUGUACCGUUGUGACCUCAUUCUGUGUAAAACCUUAUUCACAUGGCAGGCAUUUUGGAUCUAUUUUUGGAUGAGCACAGUGCAGGUCUGCGCUCCUGUUAUGUACCGACCUACACGUCAUACCAGUGCCACAGAUUCUCCAGUGAAAUGUAAAACAACUGGAUCUCAAUCUGCAAGAAUAUUGGUUCUCUGUUUCAUACAUUUGAUCCAUUUGAUCCAUUAUUUAUUGCUACCAGAGUCUCGGUAAUAGAAUUAGCUAGAGUGCUUCGCAGCUGCAAGUUCAAGCAGUUGUUGUGGUUUUUCUUCCUGAGACAACUGGCAAAGUCUAAAAUCCUCACCUGCUUGUUGACAUUAAGCCAGUUCAAUGUAUAUCUGUGCCAAUCGUGCAGGUUGUUUGUCAAGCUUAUGCUAAAAAUGGCUGUUUUGUGAGAGGAAUCUUUGUGCAGAUGGGAAAAUGAACCUUUCUUUGUUUCCCCUCCUCGUUGCACCGCAACAUGCCGGCCUUUCUGAGCCUCAGCAGCAUCCACACUGACUGUUGCUGUUUGGGGUUCAGAUAGUAUGUGAAUAAUAGCCGUUUUCAAUUGUUCUCAGGUGUCCGUCUGCUCAUCGCUUUGUAGAAUAUUUUGACAGAGCAAUGCUUUUCAACAUCCUUUUCUUCGGAAAGAUCCAUUUUCAUGUUUUUUUCUAACUUGGCCUUCUCGUGAAGUGAUUGUCUUCGAGACAGAUGCAUGCCUGUAUUUGUAGAUAAAGCCCUUCAGUCAUCAGGAGCGACUCAGGAAAGCUUUGAUUUCCUGACUCUCACAUGUAUUAUCAGGUGUCAGGAGACGCUUUCUAAACUUAAGAAACUUGAAAGUUAUUUCAGCUCAUAUCUGACGUGUUGUUGUUGUGAUUCUUUUGUAUUAUAUAUUACGGAUGCUUUCAUGUGUUUAUGUUUUUGUUUCAGCUUUGUGUUUUCCAUGAUUUAGUGCUUCAUCUGAUCCAAGUGCUUCUUAUCCUAUGCUGUGACUAGGAACGGGUCACCUCGAGACUGGCUGUCAGGGACAUAACAGAGAAUGUCUUGUGAUCUUUCAACUGUUUUUAGAUGUUGCUUAAUCUGGGCUUUUGACAAUGUGAUCUCAGAGGUAAUCAUAACUGCGGCUGAGCGCUCGCCUGUGUUUUAGUGCUUGUACGGACACUCACUCGAGUUAGAUGUUUAAAAAGUGAAGUCAGUCUCAGUGGAGAUACCAUAUCAUUAACGUGUAGUUGUGUUUCUGCAUUUUGAGAGAGAUCAAUCAUUCAGCGUUUUGAACUUUAACCUGUGUUACCUCUCUGGACUGUUAAAGAUUGUUACUCUACCCCCUCUCCCCUCCCCCGUCCCCCCCGUACCCACUCCCCAACCCCACACCAAUGCAAAGCAGCCUCAUUCCUACUGACGUUAGGAAAUAAAUCAGGCUUUGUAUAUGGGUUCUGUUCUAAGGCCUUAACACAGCAUGCGAUGACCAGAGAGCCAGCAGUACCUUAGUCUAAUCAGUUUUUACUGUUCCAGUCAAAUAUCACCAGAUGGCUGUCGCGGCUUUGAUUCUGUAUUCUCCUCUGUGGGAAAUCACCAACAGCUGCUACACAAACACUGGUCACUUUUGAGAAGUACUCUUUCUAAAAUGACAGCUAACAACUUCCAUUCAAAGACGCAUCAAAUCAUUAAUGAUGUUUAGUAAAAUAGUAAAGGAGGCUGUCCAGCCUCACUUGUUGUUUUACUUUCUACAAAAUAAAGUUAGUCAGAGGCUGAAUCUCCUUCGUUGAGUUAUAUCUCAAUGUAACAGGGAACCACGCACUGCUGAGGCAUUAUCAGACCAGCUCAAUGCAUGACAAACUGCGCCACCUACAGGCAAGAAAGGUAACAGUUUUGACUUGUGUUGAUGUCACCACCUGCAGGCAGUGAGAGCUACUACUGCUUCCCUUUUAGGUCUUCAUAGUUGCGGUUUUCUUUGUGUGUUGUUGUCGGUUACCUUUUUUCAAUAUCCCGAAGCUUGUCGAUAAUGUUGAUCAGUCAACUUGCUUGUUUAGCUGCUUUUAAAAUGAUAAAUACAACACCUCAAACACUCUGAUAAAGCUGUGACAAAGGGGACACAAAUUGCCUAUAGGUGGCACUAGUGUCACCACAACAGCAACAUAUAUUACUUCCCUGACCUAAAGGUGGCACAGGGUGGCUGCUGCUGGCUCUAUAGCUGGACACAGUUUGAACGAGAUCAUGACUAAGCAGCAAGGCAAGACGGUCCGGUUUCCCUUCAUAACCUCUGCAUUUUCUCACUGGGUAUCAGUCUGAAGCGUUGGCAUUGACCGCCUACGUGUAACUCAACCAAUGAAAUAGUUGAUGUGUCUGAAAAACGGCUGCUCUUUAAAUGGUGUUUACAGCAAUGGUUCUAUGUUAUGCUAAUGUUUAGAGGCCAUAAUUAGGACAAAAAGACCAAAGGUGAAAGUUAAAUUUAGAUUUUAGGGUCAUCUUUCUCCUAGAUUCCUCAAGAUACUCACUCUCUCUCUCCCCGUGAGUAGCAGAUGUCACAGUUGUAAUGGCUGACAAUCAAAUAGAGAAAUGCUGUGGCUGAAAGCAUUAGUUUGGGGGGAGGGCUGCUGGAGGAAACACAAUUAAAUCAAUACUGAUCUAAAGGAUCAGCAUUGCUUUUUUGGAGUUGACCCUAUGACCUUUUGGCCCCUCAGGCAACAUUCAAGCACCUGCCCCUUUCAAUGGAUCCAUGUUUAUCGUACAUAUCCAUCGACCGGCUUUGUGAGAUAUUUGCAUUUGAACAGUGGAGGUACUGCCGCUCUCUUGCUCUCUCUUCAGGGAAGGUUUUUAAUUGCGUGGUAGCGACAAUUAGAAGACGUUAUGACAACAUAAGUAUACCUCAAAACACUCAUUGAGGUUGAAGAACUAAUAAAGCAGAUUGCUUUGCUUCAGCCGCAACAUUAUUAUUGUUCAAGCAGGAAAACAUCAUCAAAAUGUUGCUGAUGCAGGUUCAUAAAGAUUUUGAGUAUGACAGAGAUUGUAAUGACCACAGACAAUCAGAUAUCACAUGUGUUUAAGGGGAAACCAGGGAUCAUUGAGGGUUUUUGUUCAAGCUUCAAUGUCUUCACUAGGAGCGCCCCUCAGUGGAAGGUUUUUGUUAUGACGCACAAUCAGUUCAGAUUCCCUAAAUGGAGAUGCAAACAGGUCUGAGCUAUGACUGCAAACAAAUGAACUUUCAGUGUUUGUUUCCCUUUUAGUGUUUCGAGAGUGUGUUCCUUGUUCAUCUUAAGAUCAUCAUGGGACAUUAAAAUUCUCCACUGAACAUUUCUUUGUAGCUGUGGUCGGGCAGGUUCCUCCAUGUUUAAGGAAAUAUUGGAGCAAUGGUAGCUGUGAAAACUGCAUUAGUCUUAACUCUGUAUGAAACCAGAGGAUGUUCUGAGUUUUGAAAAGAGUUUCUAGCAGGUUUUUGGUUCAGACAGGUAUGAAUGCAUCUGAAUGCUACCAGCUGCUUUUUAUGUGUCUGUAGCCGCUUAUUUUUAUGACGAGAUAGACGAGUUAUCUCUGGGUGUUUUUUUCUGUCAAAGUUACAUUAAUGUUGUGUGGUAAUGCAGGUUUUUUUUUUUUUUCUUGGUUUGAUUUCUAAAGUAUGCUUGUUUGGUGCAUUCAUGUGCUGUUGUACAGAUCGGAAAACAAUGACUCAGCUGGACUCAUUUUCUUCAAAUUCUUAAUGCAUUUUGUUUGUCUUGGAGUUGGAUUUCCUGACAAGGAAGUAAGGAAAAUGUAGUGAUUUUCAUGGGCUGACUCCCAAUCAGCACAAACCCUCAGAGUGUCUUGUGGUUGGCCUGCUUGCUAUGUGCUAUAACAUUAAAAUGUUUACCUUGAAAUACUGCCGUAGCUAAAGAACCACUUGAAACCUUACUAGAUCCAGAGUGUCUUUCUUGGAAAAUUGACUGACUCCUGUUCACAUGUUGCUGUCAUGGAAAUUCUUUACCAUUUACGGGUUACAGUGCAUGUGGGGUUUAGGGGCUUUCGACUGAACUUCACCACUGACUUUCCCUCCAUCAGGAGGACUGUGGACAAAGAAAAUGAGAAUUAACAAGAUGCCUUCUGCUGUGACAAUUGUUGUAUGAAUUAAUAUGUAUUACAAAGAUGCAUUAAAUAGAAUAUUUCUGAAAUAUGGCUGUUAAGGGCUAUGAAUUAUAUCAUGUUCAUGUUGUUUUUUUGCUCCUUCUUUGCUUUUUCAAAAAGGUAUGCUGUAGCAACCCCUGCACACAGAGAUUACAUUAAGAGCUGAUUCAUUAAUAUAGCGAUAAUGAUGAGGAUUAUUUUAUGGAUGCAUGUGAAGUGUGUGUUGACUUCAUGUGUCUUCAAGUUAACUUCAGAAUGGAAACAAGGCUCUUGGCUCUUACAAGUUCUCAGGGAAAUCUACCUCUACCUCCAGUUUGACAUAUUUAACCAAGUUGAAGUUACAGUUUAGUGGGUACACAAAGAGGCCGUGAGAGUUGGCACCAGGGUCUGACAUUAACUCCAACAUACCAGUAUUGGUUAGUGCUUAAGAUUAGUUACAAUCAUGUGAGCUUGUAUUGAAUUGAAAGUAUGUUGGCGUAUUUAUAUUAUUAUCUCGACUGGAAAGAAAUACAAAUAUUCUGAGCAGACAUAUUUAUCACCCUGGUAAGUAAGUGACGGAGAGGUUUAUUUUGGACUCUGGGGUGUCUUUCUUCCUCUCUCUAUUUCUCUCUCUGUGUACAGGUUUAUUUGAGCAUCAACAAUAGGGAACCUCCAGCUCCACAGCUACUACUACAACAAGUGCUGCUUCUAGUACCGCUGUUGGUACUAUGAGUGGUGUUUCAGUCUUUUUAUUAUUAUUAAUGUGUGCUUAUUCCUCCUUUUUUCUAAAAAAAAGAAUACUUUUUUUUUUAAUGAAUGGGGUGUCUACCAGUAACAACAGUAACAGUAAAGUGGCGGCAGGAAAUGCAACUGUUUUUGUUUUCUUUGUUUUUGAAGGGUGAAGAGCUAUUCUUGUCUAUUUACUCAAUAUGUGUUUGUGUGAAUACUUUUAUUUUGAAUCUGAAAUUAAUAAAAUAUCACCUUUCUUAAAUGUUA